CUUGGUUACGCUGUUAAAAUGAAGUUAUUAGAUUCAUUUGGAACUUGUUCAUCUACGAAUUAGGUAUGUACUAUUCGGUUUCUUUCCAUUUUUCUUUCCAAAUUGCUUCCUUCCUCCACCCCCACCAAAAUCGACAUUUGUAAACGGCUACCAAGAUCCGAUAACAAGCACCUGCCUCCUGCAUUUUCGUGCAAGUCAUUAUGUACCUCCACCAGGUAUGGAUCUUAGUGCGGGUUAACGACCUUACAUCCCCUGGAAGCUGGAGGCUGGGUCCGAGCUUAUGGCGCCUCAGUGGAUACCUGCAUCAGAAAACCUCCACUGCAAAAUCAACCAUUUAAUCCUGGUUCUCUAAUCUUUUUAUCAUUCGAUAAGUGAGGUUUGUGAAUGGAAAUUUUCCAGGAUGUAAACGAAGCCAGGCUCAGAUCUGGGCUCGAGCUUGGGUCCUGGCUAGGUACAUACAUCACCUCAGAUCAAUUUUAUGACCUGCAGUAAGACAGACGUCUCUGCCCCGUCUUUGUGUGUUCAGCUUUUCUCGGCUAUAGAUAAGUUAGGGUACUGUCAAGGAUGAGGGUGCAAAGUGAGGGCUGUGAUGAAUAUGUGCAUAUCCAGCCUUGUACAAACAAAGCAAGGAAAGAAGGUUUUGUAGGACCCAUACAUAAGUUGAAUCCUUGCUCUCGGUUACAGGCGCAUUCGACAUGAACUUGAAAGUCAGCUCUGGACAAUCACAGACAGCUGACGUGCUGUACGGGGGAGUUUCCAUAAUAAUCCUCCAAGUACCACAGCUCAUGGGAUGAGGCCUGAGCAUAUGACGGGUUGUCAGGCAGUUCCGGGUUCAGCCAGCCAGGUCAACCGUCAGAGUUUCUUUGUUCUGAUUCCGGCAGAGUGGUUGGCUGUGUAUUGCAUUUAGGUCAACUGAUGUCCCCUUAAUUUUCCUAUUUUCGACAUCGCGAUCCUCGUUAGGCAUCUGUGUCUGUUCUGUUUCGGCCACAUCCUGUGGGAGUUGUAGUCUGAGGAUGACAAAGAGGAAACUGACCAACCACGGCUCAAGCCUCAACACUCUGGAUCCUUACCAGCACACCACAUCAUUCCUCUUCAGGUCGCCACAAUCAAUAUCAAGCAGCUGAAUGAACGCCUUGAAAAGUAUCGAUUCCCUGAGCAUUCAGCAGCCACUGAAGAGCGUGGCAGGCGUAGACACUAGGCACUUCUAUGGAUGAAUGAAUCAUCGAUCGAUACCAUGCAGCCCGUGCCGCGUUCCGUUCUGUCUGUCUGUGAAUUGAUUUGCCAGCUGGACUGAAGCUUGUAUCCAACAGUUCGACCUCGCUUUCAAAUGCCUAUCGCGCGAGCGACUUCUGCCGAAAUUCUGCGUCACGAUCUGGCCACUCAGGAUUCCGUUCACCAAUGACCCUGGAUCUGCUGCCAUCCAACACGCAGAGGUCAGACCACGCUUGCGCAGGCAUGCCAGGCUUCCCCGGCGGCAUUUAUAGUUGCCUCGUUCUCAAAUGAGGCCCGUCUCGAGGCCAUUCCAAGUUAUAUUUCAAUUUCAGCCAAUUAGCAACAAAUUAGCCAUCUAUGUCAAUGUGCAGCAACACAGCGCGUUGCCAACAUCGCCCAUCUUCAACCGCAAAUAUUACAAACGCUCACUUGUUGGAGGGCCUCUGCAUUCAUCACAAAAAGCAAACUGCAUUUAACAUCAUGACAUUAUCAUUCAUCCUUGUCUUUCCUUCACCCGAUUUUCUCCGUGAUCUCAGAUCAGCUUUGGCUGCCAUACCCUACAGCGAUCCGAUCACACCUCACAAGUAUGUAUGUACACUAAAUAAAUCUUAUGAUGUUGGCUGGACAUGUAUGCCAUUUCAAUUGCUUGGCUACGAGCUUGGGGGCCUUUCACCACAACGGCCGGCUCCAGCCUUAGUGUAUGUACAUACGUAUAUACACUUGCCCACCUACUUGAUGUUCCCAUGGAUGGAUCUGUGAAUCGAAACAUAUGCUCGGUUUUCGACCGGGAAAAUGAGUUUCCCACUAAUAUCUCUACAUAACCGCAAUAAGGCGUUCGUGCAGUGAGCUUAAGCAGCCACCUACCUACUUGACAUUUGCCAACAAAGCAUAGUCGGGAUGUUUCAAGCAGGGAAACAAGCUCGAUGUAUCAUAAGUUACGAAUACCAAGCUCAUAUUUAUAUAUAUAUAAAUAUCAAUAGUAAAGGAAGUUUAAGUAAACCUUAAUCCAAAAGGCAAGCGCUUAUGGCUUCUUUCUUCCUUCCUUGCUCGGGUGCUCCCGUGUGCGAAUUACCUGUUUAGGCAGUGCAAUACCAAUACCAUUGAAAUCUCGAAUAUAAUACGAAAAGACUCAAGUCACAGAUAGAAUCAU